CAACAUCAACUAGCUAUCGUUGUUUCAAGUGAAUCAUCAAAAGAAACAAUUCAACAAUAUGCAGCAAGUCGUCAAUACCGUCAAGUCCGCCAUUGGCGCUACCAAACUGCCAACGGGCCAGUUGGGAAAGAAUGGUCCUUAUGUCACCAGAAUGGGUUAUGGAGCCAUGGGAUUGUCAGCAUUCUAUGGCAAACCUAAGCCCGAUGAGGAGCGCUUUGCCGUACUGGAUAAAUUGUACGAGCAGGGAGAGCUUUUCUGGGACACAGCAGACAUGUACAUGGACAAUGAGGAUCUGAUCGGAAACUGGUUCAAGGCCAACCCUGGCAAGCGCGAGCAGAUCUUCCUGGCCACAAAGUUCGCCAACCUUCGUGACGAGCAGGGCAACCCCAUUGUUGACUCAAGCCCUGAGUACGCUAAGAAGGCAUGCGACAAGUCGCUGUCACGCCUUGGAGUCAACAGCAUUGAUCUGUAUUACGCUCAUCGUCUCGAUGGAAAGACCCCUGUGGAAAAGACUGUCCAGGCCAUGAAGGAACUCAAGGAGGCCGGCAAGAUCAAGUACCUCGGUCUGUCAGAGGUCAGCAGCGAGAGUUUGAGACGUGCCUACGCCGUACACCCCAUCACAGCAGUCCAAAUCGAGUACUCGCCCUUCUCUCUUGACAUCGAGAGCGAGCAGAUUGGUCUGCUCAAGACAUGUCGCGAACUCGGCGUCGCUGUCGUUGCAUACUCUCCCAUUGGUCGCGGUAUGCUCGGAGGCACCAUCAGAUCUCCAGACGACUUCGAGGAGGGAGACUUCCGCCGUUUCGCACCUCGCUUCAGCGCUGAGAACUUCCCUAAGAACCUCAAACUCGUCGACCAGAUCACCGAGAUCGCCAAGAAGAAGGGUCUCACUGCCUCUCAGAUCACCCUUGCCUGGUUGAUGGCCCAGGGCGACGACAUCUUCCCUAUUCCAGGAACCACCAACCUCAGUCGUGUUGACGAGAACUUGGGCGCCCUGAAGGUCAAGCUUACUGAUGAGGAGACGAACGAGAUCAGAAAGGCUUGCGAGGCCGCGGAGGUCGCUGGUUCGAGAUACCCCGAGGCUUUCUCCAAGGCCUUGUUUGCAGACACCCCUGCCCUUUGAGCUUCGAAGCUGAUAACCUGAUGGACCUUGUUACGUAGCAGUCGUUUGACGAACGCUUAAUGAUCAAAUCACUUACGACACUGAACAUGUAUCGAGGCUAGACAUUGACCUUUCUCACGU